CAUGAGGAGACCAGAGCCAGAGGCAUCAGAACCCCUGGCGUUGUGAGCUACCUGAUGAAGGUGCUGGGAACAGAACUUGGGUCCUCUGGAAGAACAUCGCUCCAGUCCUGACAAGGCUCUUUCUGCCCUCAGUCGCUAAGAGCACUGGUGAAUCCUAAUCAGUGUUGAAAACAAAACUAAAUUACAGAUUUCAAGAGAACCGUGUAAUGUUUCUUAUCUUCCACAAGAGGGCACCAUCUUCAUGUGUGCUAGAAAGACAAUGUGCUCUCUUGUUGCUAUUGAACUACAAGGGAAGAGACAGGAGGAAGCCAGGGGAGACACGUAAGCAAAUGUGAAAACAUCCAGAAACGUGGUGUUGAUCUGUCUCAUGAUAAAUGUGUGAACACAAAUAAGCUCAGAAUCCAACUGAUUAGAGGCUUUAAUGAGUGCACACACGCAUGUGUGUGUGUGUGUGUGUGUGUGUGUGUGUGUGUUCGUAUAACCUCUUGGUCAUUUAGUCUCUGAUAAUUCCUUAUAAUUCGUAUGAAAAAUAACUGAGUUUUAAAGGGGUAAAACAAUCCAUCAUGCUAUGGAUGCUGGAGGCAAUCGUUCAUUUCCUCUCUUAGCCCACAUAGUGAGGGUUUGGCCAAAGAAUAUUUAUCCUAGACCAGAAACCACUGGCACAGCCUAGAGCAUUCAUGUUAGAGAAGAGAUGCCAUGGUUGAUUCCAGUAGCAAUUACUCAUCGGUAGUGAGCUAGGAGUAGGAGCGCGGUCGCAGGGCAUGCUGGGAGAGUAUGCUAUAGAAGAAAACUGGCUCUGAUUUCUAUGGAAAGGUGGAGCCAACUGCCAAAGACAAAAUCAAGUAAUUAGAGUAAGAAGCAGCUAUGCAGUGUAGAAAUGAGAUCGAUCCAACACCAGUAUUAUUUUAGUGGUGACUGCGCAUGGAGUUUCUGAGUGGCAGGGGAGAACGGGAUGGUCCCAUAAAAUUAUUGUGGAGAUGAUAGCUCUAUGAUGGGAGGUAUUUGUGACUGCUCUUUUUUUUUUUUUUUUUGAGGGGAGGAGGAGGGGUUGGAAAGUUUCUGUAAGAUGGAGUGCUCAAUUAAUAUAUGUUGAAUGGAUAGACAGACAAGCAAAAGCCGAACACGAGCCAUCCUAGCAGAGGGCCAGAACAGAACCCUCACCCCGUCUGCAGCCCUGACUCAGCCUUUAAAUAAAAAUAAAAUUUCCCUUCUGCAAAAGGCUUUUGACAUCUUUUCAAACAUUUGUUAUGAAUUCUCUUCCUAAUACUUACCUAUGACUUACUGUCAUUCCCAGGAUAAGUGUGUGCUGGGGUAAAGGAGCUGCCUGGAAUUCUGGGAAAUGAUUGCACAUCGGACCAGGGAAACAUUGGAGCUGAGAUACGAACUCAGCGUUAUAACUUAUAAAAUACUAUUUCCUAUAUCUGCCUGGUGACAGUAAUUAUCCAGGGUACUUGUAAAUAACAGAGACUCCUGGGUCUCACCCCAACCUUUAGAAUCAAAAUGACCAGGAGAAGCCAUGGCAAUGGUGAAUGAGAACAGAGAAUAGAGAGCAGGCAGGUGGGGCAGGGACCCUGAGCCGUAGUUGUAGGAAGGUCCUUGCUGCACGCCAAGAUUAGGGCUCUGGUUCCACAUUCCUUGAGAUCUUUUCUCUUAAGUAAGCAUUUCUGCCUAGAGGCUAAUUGUGGGGGUUAGAAUUGAGCCACAGCAGGCCCUCUGGUGUCUUUAGAGUCAGAUCUUCAUGGAGAAAAUGGAUUAUAUCCAUCCCCUAAUUUCAUCCCGUUUUACAUAUGAUUUUUAGGGUUUUCUCCUCAGAAGGGAGGCUAUUCCAAUAGCCCUGACCUAGGGCUCUUUUGAGACCAUUAAAGCAAAGCUACUGACUCCUGGUGGAAAGGAAUCAAGUUCUAUCUAUCUUUGGCCCCAGGGAGAGUCCUAACAUCCCAAGCUAUAGCAAACACAGGCUGUUGUCAUGUACCCCGCAGAGACCUCCCCUCAGGAAGACUGAUUCCCCUUAAGCUGUGCUAAAAGCACAGGAGAAAUAAGUUCUCCUGUAAUGGGGUAAUGUACUCUUCUUCCCAGAGAGCCAGUGUCCAGCACAGUUGUGGUUUUUGUUUGUGUUUUGUUUUGUUUUUGUUUUCUUCUUUCACUAAUGAGACUAAGACCCCUGAGAGGGGAAUCCCAGUUUCCUUGGUAACAUGUGGUAUCCCAGGGGAAUCUUCAAAAUUUCUAGAAACAGUAAUUUAUAUUUUCAUUCUUUAAAAUUGUAUAUAUCUUCCUGUGUCCCCAGCGAUCUGUGGAAGCCAGAUGUCCCUCCUCUGGAGUUUAGACAGAAUCUUACUAUGUAACCUCAGUUUUUCUAGAGCUGUAGACCAAGUUGGCCUCCAACAUCCAACAAUGCCAGAUCCUUGACAUUCUUGCAAUGUCUCUCAGGUCUGCACCGGAGUUGAGUCAGAUGGAAUGGAAUGGGAUGGAACACUGCAGAGGCCUCACCGUGUGUUCACAUUCUGUUCCUAAGCGGUCCGUGUCAGGAGGAGCAUGGCAACAUGAGUAACGCGGACAUCAUCUGUUCUACAAACCUUAUCAUUCUUUUGGAGGAUGAAACAUUUGCUGAUUUUUUCAACACAUUUCUUUCUCUCCCGGUUUUUGGUCAAACACCAUUUUAUAAUGUUGAGAAAUCACAAUGGAGCUUGUGGCCAGAAGUACCUUAUGACUUGAUUGCCAAGUACAAAGGAUUAUUGACUUGGUUGGAAAAAUACCGGUUACCGUUCUUCUGCAAAACAAACUUGUGCUUCUACUACAUCCUCAGCCAGGAGCUCGUCAGUUUCCUUAAGUCCCCGGAAGGAGGAGCAGUUGUGAGGACAACUCUGGACCUGGAAGCAGAAAUGGUGUCUGUGAACUUCAAGAUGUGAUGAUGAGCUGAAUGUUACCCUGGAGGAAUGAACUUUCCUGGAUAAUUCUCAAAAGGAGCCCCACUGGGAUGUGAUACAGGAAGUCUUUAGAAUUCUGGAUGUUAUUGAAAAAAAAUUACAGGAAGACCAGAAUACCAAAGCCAAGAUGAUGAGAUGGAACAUGGCGGACCAGUGGCUUCUGCAGAAAUGUAUCGCUGGGGUGAGGGGGAUGUGGCGGUUCUGCUCCUACCUCAAGGGCAGUGCAGGUGAAGAAUUGCUGGAUUUCUGGAUCCUUGCUGAGAAGAUUCUGAGCAUAGAUGAGACAGACAAGUAUUUGAAAGACUACUACCUCUCCCUCCUGCUCGUGCUCAAGGCCACCCACCUGCAGGAAGGCUCCAGAGUGGUGACUCUCUGCAACAUGGACAUCAAGUCCCUCUUGAACCUCUCCAUCUGGCAUCCCAACCAGUCUACCACCAGAAGGGAGAUCCUCAGCCACAUGCAGAAAGUGGCUUUGUUCAAAAUCCAGAGCUACUGGCUUCCCAACUUUUACACCCAUGCCAAGAUGACAAUGGCCAACGAGGAAGCAUGCCAUGGUCUGAUGCAGGAAUAUGAGACUCGCCUGUACAGUGUUUGCUGUGCACAUGCAGGAGGGCUCCCUCUAAAUAUGAGCAUCAAGAAAUCCCGCCACUCCCAAAAGAAGUACUCAAGCAAGAAGGCCAAGAAAAAGAUAUGGCAUUUGAAUAAUCCUAUCUUAUGGCCUCUGGAAACAGACGCUAAACCAGAAGUUCCCACUAAGCCCCAAGAAGAACUGAGUCUUCCAGAAAGGGUAGUUUUACAAAAGACUUCCCUGGGAGAAGAUUCUUCAAAGGAGACAAUAAUCCAUUCCCUGUGCAAGGACUUGCAGAACGCCAAGAAACCCAUUGUGAAGAAGAAAUCCAAAAUCCAACUCCACAUGGAGGGCUUCCUUGAGACAGCGUUCACUAAUCACCUGAGAUCUUCCACUCCCAUUAUUAACCAUGCUGCCCCGCUGGUUGUCAAGAAGUCUCUCAAGCGAAGCCUCUCCUUUGGGUACACUCAUUGGGCCCUGUGUGCUGAUGCCUGUGCAGGGAGUCCCUUCCGGUUUCACCUGAAGAAGAUGAAUCUGAAGGUGGAGGUCCAACUCCUGGACCUUUGGCAGGACCUACAGCAUUUCAUCAGUGUUCUCAUGAAUAAUAGACAGAAUGGGAAUGCACUCUUUCGUCACAUGCUUGGUAAUCGAAUCUGUGAGCUCUACCUGAACGAACAGAUCGGGCCACCCUUACCACUCAAACCUCAGACCCUUCAGGGCCUGAAGAAGCUUCUGCCAUCUGGGGAGGUGAACCCCUGGAUUCCCAAAGCCCAGAGGGAGAUCUGCAAGGUGCUCAGCCCCUGGUAUGAUGAAUUCCUGAUGGAAGAGGACUACUGGUUUCUCAUUUUCACAACUCAAACGCGCUUUGCCAAAGCCAGGUGGCAUAAAAGAGAAACCAUCAGCAAAGAAGAACACAUCCUCCUUUACAAAAGACUUCAGGAAUCUCUGGUGCUAAGCCAGGCCUUGGCUAGCAUGCAAGAAAUAGAUUCUAUGCAGUGGCAAAAAGUGGCUACAGAGAACCUGCGGCAGGGCGGGUCUCUCCAAGUAGAGCUGACUACUCCAGUGUUCCUACAAGAUAUAAGUAAAAUGUCCUUUAAGGAUCUCUCCUUUAAGAAUCCAAAGUUGGCCAUAGAAAAAAUGAGUGAAGACUACAAAAUAUACUGUGAAAAGGUACCUCCAACAGCUUUUACAGUGGAAAUUAUCAGGCAACCAAAAUAUUCAUACUCACAAAGAAAAACAUCCUUUGUCAAAAAAUCUGUCGUAAGGAAGCCUUCUAUGAGACCAAGGAACUUAACAGAAGUCCUCCUAAAUAAUGCACACCUCGAGUACUUCAAAGAGUUCCUCAAAGACCGGAAGUCUGAAAGCCCGUUGCAGUUCCUGAUAGCCGUACAGAAGAUCAUGAUGGAGACCAAUGAAAAGACUUAUAAGACAUCUUUGGAAAAUAUAACCAAGACUUAUCUCCACGGAAAGGUCCCUGCCGAGGAAAUACUGCAGUGUGAUGCUCCCUUUAUCAAAGAAAUUGCUAAUGUGCGUCACAUCACCACCACCACGUUGCUGAUGCUCCAGGGUUAUGUCAUGAAAUCUGUGGAAGAAAAAUGGUUUAAGGAAUACCAAGACUUGUUUCCACCACGAUCUGUGGAGUUUGAGUUUGUUGAAGCACAGGCCGUCCCUAGGAAGCCCUCAAAGUCAACAACACACCUACACGACUCCCAGAAAAGGGGAUGGAUAAAAAUGAUCGCCUUCAUCAAGAGUUUUUGCAACUACCGCAGAUUCAUAGCUGAUGCCAACAAUCGCCAAGAGCUGGCAGAUUUCAUCUACCUGGAAAUGUUCAACAACAAAGAGAAUUUCUCUACAUCACCCGCCACAUCUGCACGUCAUACCCCAGUAAACCUUAGUGCCCGGAACGCAGAACAGGAAAAUGGAGACACGGUCCUUGUAAAACGCCGGAUAUUUGGCCACAGAAUUAUCACGAUCAACUUUGCCGUUAACGAUAUGUAUUUAUUUUCUGAAAUGGAGAGAUUUAAUGACCUGGUGAGUUCAGCUCACAUGUUACAGAUCAACAGAGCAUACAAUGAAAAUGACAUCAUCCUGAUGCGGUCUAAACUUAACAUUAUCGUGAAGCUUUACCUGGUUUCUGAUCUUCCUCCAAAGCUGAAGGUGAACAUCUCCGAGUCUCAGAAGGACAUCAUCAUCUCUGCCAUCACAGAAGGCCACUUAGACCGGACCAUCUUCCAUGGGGCUAUCAUGUCCAUCUUCCCUGUCAUUAUGUACUUCUGGAAAAGGUUUUGUAACUGGAAGGCGACACGCUCUUACGUAGAGUACCUUGGGAAGAAGUUUGAAGAUGGAAGAAAUCCUCCCAAGUCUGUAUACAAGUACCCACCAUGGAGUGGAGGUGAGCAUACUGUCUUAAGGUUCAGCUUGCUCAGAGGUGUCGAAUGGUUUCGACCUCAACACCCCCGGGAUGCAGUGCCAAGUUCACUCCAACCAUACCAAAAAUAUCCUACAACAAAAAAGAGAAGAAGUAAUCAAGCCAAGGCCAAGGCAGAUAUGGAUGGCCCUUUAACACUCUCCCAGUACUGAUGGAACCCUUUUGGUCAGAAAUGAAAUGUCCUCGCACCAUGUGGAAAGAUCAAGAAGGAGAAUGGGGCAGCCCAGACAGAGCAAGACCAGACCACAGCGGGGAGUUCAUACAGCCCAUUUAGAUUAAGGAGUGACCAAAAGAGACAGAAGAAAGGCAAGAGAGGCAGAAGGAUCCACCCUCGGAGAAGCCUUUGCGGGUGCACGCAUCGCACAGUGUCAUGAGAAGUAUGAGGACAUCUGUCUCCCACGUCCACUGUUGCUGGAUCCAGAUGUUUCCUCAAGGAGAGGGAUUGGCUUACGUGUACAGGACCUUAGGGUGCCAGAUUUUACCCCUAUACAAUAAUCGGGGCUACAGGUUGUUAGCAAGAAUAAAGAAUAUGCCCUGUAUAGUAUCUUACAUUCUCACUCGUAUGUUGAAGCUAAAGUAGCUGAGCUCACAGUAAAGGGCUAAGAUAUGGAUUACCAGAAGCUGGGAGUCAGGGCAGCUCGAGAUGGUUAGCAGAAGGUACAGGCAUGUAGCUGGUUAGAAAGAAGUUUAAAAUUCUAUAACUCAGUAAAAUGACUAUGGUUGAUAGCAGUACACCACUAAGUAGGAGAAAGGAUUUUGGAUGGUCCCAACAAAGAAGUAAUAAAUAUCUAAGGUCAUGGACAUGACAAUGACCUAAUAUGGAUUGUACAAAUUACAUAUGUGAGUUGAAAUAUCACACUGUGGAACACAAAUACAUAUAAUUAUAAGCAAUUUAGAGGGAAAACGGGACUAAAUAUGUAGUUCAAUGACAGAGUACUUGCUUAAUAUACACAAGGCCCUGUAUUCAAUAUCUAGUAACUUCCUCAUUUUUAAAAAACACAGAACAUCUAGUGUAGCAUUUUGAGGAUUCUACAACCCCUGAGUGGGCCCUGGUAGGACCUGGGAGACCUGGUGAGAGAGGCUUCCAUACUGCCCUAAAGCAUGAGUGUCUUGUCUGCUGGCAUACCACAUGACACAAAGCAGAGGAUCCCAGCAAACUAGUGGGAUCUCGGAAUGGGCCCGGAACUGGGAAGUGGCUGCUUCCCCAGUCUUUACAUUUACAGACAUCCUCUCAUCCUCUCGUCCUCUCGGGUGCUGGCAGCCUGGAACCUCUCUGUUGUGGGUUGCUGUUUGUAUUUUCUGCUCCCUCAAAAGGAGUGCCCGCACUCAGGUGAGGUCAGACGACAUCUUAAUUGGUCAGUUAAGGCUAGAGCCUGUGAUUGGGUAGUGGAAGGGAAAGGUGGAGCUGAAAGUUUUAGAGAGGGGAAGGGAGAGGGAGAAAGAGAGAGACAGAGGAUGGAAGAUGGAAGAAGGAGAAGACGAUGGCGCUGACGUCACGUGGUCUGGAGAAGCCGCAAGUAGCUAGGGAUUACAUAGUUGAGCAAUAGAAUAAUGUAGGGUACGUUUGCCCAAUCUAGGUUGUGCAGCUUGUAUUUAUAUCAAUUGAAUUUUGUGUUCUUUGAGCGUUCAUGGGGGGGGGGGGGUUGGAGAUUUACCGUUAUAAAUCUGGCUGGUAUAUUACAAAUCUCUCAUGUUAUCAUUUUACGGGGCUAAGGUGAUCUGAAUGAGCAGUAGCUGACUUUCUGUAGCCUGGGAAGUGUGAGCUGCUUGGCAGCAAGCUGGCCAUGGGGUUGGUGAGACUGCCAGUGCCAGUGCCUAGCCAGAUUUAGCGUGGAUCGUUUUUUGUUUUGUUUUUGUUUUGUUUUGUUUUGUUUUUAAACUAUAUGCUAUGCUAUCCCCAUAGUGACAAUAAGUUAGUUGGCUACUCCAGAGCUCCUGUCAAUUCCCCAUUGGUCCGAAUGUAUAAUGUAUAAAAAACGCUUGCUGCUGAGCAACACAGUA